GAGGGGAGGGGAGGGGGGAAACAAUUUUUUGAUGCUUUUAAAAGUACGGCUUUGGCUCUAAACGUUAAAUGAGAUAAACCCAAUCGAAACAAAGUGAAGGUAUUGGUUAUGGCAAGACUGAGGAGAUGUAACAGGACAGAUUUUUCUCUGCUCUGUUUGUUGUUACUGUUCGUGGAUCUGGUGAAUGGGAGUCUGAUGAAUCAGCAUCAUUCAAACUUCAUCCAUCGGAGGCUGAACAGCAGGGAGAGACGGGAGAUGCAGAAAGAGAUCUUGUCUAUUCUGGGUUUGUCAAGGCGUCCGAGACCUCUGCUCUCCUUCAAACGCUCGGCCUCCGCCCCAGUCUUCAUGCUGGACCUCUAUCGGACAAUGGCCAGUGAAGAAACAGGCAGAGUGAGAGGGGCUUCCCUGCCUUUCCACAUGCUCCCGAGUGCUCAUCACAGACCCCUGGAGGAGAGCUUUCUCAGUCAAGCAGAUACCAUUAUGAGCUUUGUUAAUGGAGUGGAGCAAACCGAAGAUACUUUUCACCAUAAGACGCAGUGGAAAGAGUUUAAGUUUGACUUGACUCGGAUUCCUCGAGGCGAAAUGGUAACGGCAGCAGAGUUUCGGAUCUACAAGACGUCGAAUGAAAGUUUCCCGGGAAACCUGACUCUCCACGUGACUGUUUACCAGGUGCUGCAGGAGUUCCAUGAUAGGGAACCCCAUCUGCUGCUGUUGGACAGUCAAGAAAUGUGGCCGAUGGAGGAAGGCUGGCUGGAGUUUGAUAUCACAGCGACAAGUAAUGAUUGGCUGAUGAACCCUCACUAUAACCUGGGGCUGAGGCUUUUUGUGGAGACAGAGGGAGGAGGCAGUGUGGACCCGGGCAGUGCUGGGCUGGUGGGCCGGCGAGGACCUCGCACAAAGCGACCGUUCAUGGUGACCUUCUUCAGAGCAAGCCAGGCGCCCGUCCGUACCAUACGGGCGGCCAACCGGAGAAAAGGCCGGAAGAAAUACGGUGAACGACCUUCGUGCGAGAGAUUGCCUGGCACCUUCGGUUACAAUGGCAGAGAGCAGACACAAGUUUGCAAGAGGCAUGACCUGUAUGUAAGCUUCCGAGAACUGGACUGGCAGGACUGGAUAAUUGCCCCAGAGGGCUAUGAAGCAUUUUACUGUGACGGAGAUUGCUCCUUUCCCCUUGGAUCCCACAUGAAUGCCUCCAACCAUGCCAUUGUGCAGGCACUGGUUCAUCUAAUGAAACCGGACGCAGUUCCCAAACCAUGCUGCGCUCCCACCAAACUCAGCGCCACCUCAGUGCUCUACUUUGACGAUAAAUACAACGUGAUAUUAAAAAAGUAUCGGAACAUGGUGGCAAAGUCAUGCGGCUGUCAAUAGCAGCAGAAAAACUCUACUCUGUGGCAUAACUCUGUUGUGCAGCUGGGAUAAUAGUUCCCGGAACAAGACGAGGAAAAACAUGCUGCUCAGUUAGUUAUACAGUAUUUAAUUGUCUGACAUUUGUUUCAGUUUUAUACCACAACAUUGGGGUUACUGCGAGACGUAUUUUUCAAGCUCCCAGGUCCACUAUUGUGGUCUUCAAGGCCCGUCUCAA